AUGCCAUUUGGGCUAAAGCUUCGCCGGACACGGCGCUACAAUGUCUUAAGCAAGAAUUGCUUUGUCACCCGGAUCCGCCUGUUGGACAGCAAUGUGAUAGAAUGUACUCUGUCAGUGGAGAGCACAGGGCAAGAGUGUCUGGAGGCCGUGGCUCAGAGGCUGGAGCUCCGAGAGACACACUAUUUUGGCCUCUGGUUUCUUAGCAAGAGCCAGCAAGCACGAUGGGUGGAGCUGGAAAAACCUCUGAAGAAGCAGCUGGACAAAUUUGCCAACGAGCCUUUGCUUUUUUUUGGAGUCAUGUUCUAUGUGCCAAAUGUGUCACAGCUUCAGCAGGAGGCCACAAGGUAUCAGUAUUACCUACAAGUCAAAAAAGAUGUCCUGGAUGGGCGCUUGCGAUCUUCCCUGGAACAGGGGGUCCGACUAGCUGGCUUAGCUGUACAAGCUGAUUUUGGCGACUACAAUCAAUUUGAAUCUCAAGAUUUCCUACGAGAAUAUGUGUUAUUUCCUAUGGACUUGGCACUGGAAGAAGCUGUCCUGGAGGAGCUGACCCAGAAAGUGGCCCAGGAACAUAAAGCACACAGUGGAAUCCUGCCAGCGGAAGCUGAACUCAUGUAUAUCAAUGAAGUGGAACGUUUGGAUGGGUUUGGACAGGAAAGCUUCCCUGUUAAGGAUAAUCAUGGAAACAAUGUGCACCUGGGCGUUUUCUUCAUGGGAAUUUUUGUGAGGAACAGAAUUGGAAGGCAGCUAUCAAUACACAGGUGGAAUGACAUUGGUAAUAUCACACAUAACAAGUCUACCAUCCUACUGGAGCUAAUCAACAAAGAAGAGACAGCCCUCUUUCACACGGACGAUAUUGAAAAUGCCAAAUACAUUUCUCGGUUGUUUGCUACAAGACAUAAGUUUUACAAGCAGAACAAAAUCUGUACUGAACAGUCAAGUUCUCCUCCGCCCAUCAGACGACAGCCCACCUGGAGCCGGUCAUCACUGCCGAGACAACAGCCAUAUAUCUUGCCUCCUAUGCAUGUCCAGUGUGGAGAACACUACACUGAAACUCACACUUCCCAAGACAGCAUUUUCCAUGGGAAUGAAGAAGCCUUUUACUGCAGAUCCCAGACCAGCCUAGACCGGUGUGCAAUGGAUUUAAGUUACUUAAAUGGUACUGUUACAAAUGGCAGUGUCUGUAGCGCCCACAGUGGGAACUCCCUCAAUUGCUCCCAGAACUUCAUCCAGGCUUCUCCAGUGUCAUCUAAUCUCAGCAUCCCAGGGAGUGACAUCAUGCGGGCUGACUACAUCCCUAGCCACCGACAUAGUGCAAUCAUUGUCCCAUCGUACCGGCCAACUCCUGAUUAUGAAACAGUGAUGCGGCAGAUGAAGAGGGGAGUUAUGCCCGUGGACAGCCAGAGCCAAUCUCUUAGGAAUCUCAACAUUGGCAACACUCAUGCUUACAACCAGCCAGAGGACCUGGUUUACAGUCAACCCGAGAUAAGGGAGAGACAUCCUUAUACUGUUCCUUAUGUGCCACAUGGAGGGUACAACAAACCUGUGGGCCGGGCUGACCAAAUCAAACCAAGUAAUAAGACUGUGCACAGUAAGAAGGUACCCAGUGCCAUAUCCCACACAGUGAGCACCCCAGAGCUGGCCAACAUGCAAUUGCAAAAUAACCACAAUUACAACACAGCUCAUAUGCUCAAGAAUUAUCUCUUCCGGCCACCACCCCCCUACCCCCGGCCCCGCCCUGCCACCAGCACGCCAGAUCUUGCCAGCCACCGACACAGAUAUGUCAGUGGCAGCAGUCCUGAUCUGGUCACUCGGAAGGUCCAGUUGUCAGUGAAGACUUUCCAAGAGGACAGCUCACCAGUGGUGCACCAGUCACUGCAAGAGGUCAGUGAACCCCUGACAGCCAACAAGCGCCAUACCACCGUGAAUAAGCGCCACAGCCUAGAAGUGAUCAGCAAUAUGGUGCGGGGAAUUGAAGCUAUGGCCCUGAAGACACUCAAUGCCCCAAUACCUCGUCGUAAUACCCUUCGUGAACAGGUGCAGCCAGAGGAGGUGUCGAUGAGCCAUGAUGUGCAGGAGCAGCUCCCCCACUUCCAUCAUAAGAAGACCUCCUCUGACGCCACAAUGCUAAUCCAUAGUAGUGAGAGUGAAGAGGAAGAAGAGACUCCUGAAGCAGUUCCUCGUAUCCCCCCACUCCGUGAGAAUGUGAGGUACAGUGCCCAGUUGCAAGCUGCUUUGGCCCGUAUCCCUAACAAACCACCCCCUGAGUAUCCAGGACCAAGGAAGAGUAUUAGCAACGGAGCCUUGAGACAAGAUCAAGUGAGCAUGUCUGCAGUCAUUGCAAGAAGCAGGGUUAUGAGACCAGGACCCACCAAAGCCAUUAGUGUAUCUCGACCUGACCAGCUCACAAUCAAUGGGUCUUCUCUUGGCCCAUCAAUCUCAGAACCUGACCUCACAAGUGUGAAAGAACGGGUCAAGAAAGAACCAGUGAAGGAGAGACCUGUUUCUGAAAUGUUUUCUCUGGAGGAUAGCAUUAUAGAAAGAGAAAUGAUGAUCAGGAAUCUAGAGAAGCAGAAGAUGGCAGGCUUGGAGGCUCAGAAGAGGCCACUCAUGUUGGCGGCAUUGAAUGGACUCUCAGUGGCCCGGGUACCAGGGCGUGAAGUUAGUCAAGAUGAUGCAUCUCGAAUGACAAUGGAUGAUAGGUUUAGAACCCUGAAGAAGAAGUUGGAAGAGGGAUUGGUAUUUACAGAAUAUGAGCAAAUUCCAAAGAAGAAGCCAGAUGGUGUUUUCACUACUGCCACACUCCCGGAAAAUGCUGAGCGAAGCCGAAUCCGUGAGGUGGUCCCCUAUGAGGAAAAUCGUGUUGGGCUGGUACCAACCAAAGAAAAUAGCACUGGGUAUAUCAACGCCUCCCAUAUCAAGGUAGCUGUUGCUGGAGAACAAUGGCAUUACAUAGCAACUCAAGGUCCUCUGCCCCAUACCUGCCAUGACUUCUGGCAGAUGGUAUGGGAGCAAGGGGUGAAUGUGAUUGCCAUGGUCACAGCAGAAGAGGAAAGCGGAAGAACCAAGAGCCAUCGGUACUGGCCCAAACUGGGCUCUAAGCACAGCUCAGCCACCUAUGGCAAGUUCAAAGUGACCACAAAGUUCCGAACUGAUUCUGGUUGCUAUGCUACCACAGGUUUGAAGGUCAAGCAUCUUUUGUCUGGGCAGGAGAGGACAGUGUGGCACUUGCAAUAUACUGACUGGCCAGAUCAUGGUUGUCCAGAGGAUGUCCAAGGCUUUUUAUCAUAUUUGGAGGAGAUACAGUCAGUGCGUCGCCAUACCAACAGCAUGUUGGAUAAUACUACCAAGAAUUGCAACCCUCCGAUUGUAGUUCACUGCAGUGCUGGUGUGGGGAGGACAGGGGUAGUCAUUCUCACUGAACUGAUGAUAUGCUGCUUGGAGCACAAUGAAAAGGUGGAUGUACCUAUGAUGUUGAGACACCUGAGAGAACAGAGAAUGUUCAUGAUCCAGACCAUCGCUCAGUACAAGUUUGUCUACCAGGUCCUUAUCCAAUUUCUCCAAAACUCCAGACUCAUCUAAUUUCUCAUAUGAUCCAAUUCCUUAUGGCAAUGGGUCCUGCAGAACCUUGUGGAAUGAAAAGGCCUCCAGACAAUAUCUGG